GAGGCAUCUAGGAGAAGUAAUAGGUUUAAUGCUGCAAGAAAACAAGGUAUCUGAGCAUGAAUGCUGUAAAGUGGGGGAAACUGAGGCAGUGCAAAGAGAGGAGUUGUGGACGAAAGCCGAGGCGUGCUGAGAUUAGAGACCAUUGAGAUCAACGUGUAGGGAUAGGGCCUCAGCACUAUGGACUUGCUCAUCUGUGCUUGGGGGGUAAACUGAGGCACCAAGCCACAAGUGUGAGGACAGGGGCUUCGAGGAAGGAGAAACUGAGGCAGAAUCCCUUUCCAGCCUCCCCUGAGCACCUGUCUCUCUACCCCCUCCGCCCCCCCACCAGACCUACAAUGCCUCACUGAGCCGGGCCAGCAGCUGAGUGGAGCCAAGCAGAAAGCAUCUAUGGAUGGGCCCCUGGCAGGCGGCCUGGCCGCCCCAGAUCGCCCUCGAGGCCCCGAGAGACUGCCUGGCCCAGCGCCAAGGGAGGACAUCGAAGGUGGGGCCGAGGUUGCUGAGGGGGAAGGUUGCAUCUUCCGGUCUGCCCAUUACCUGCCUGUCACCAAGGAGGGCCCUCGAGACAUUCUGGAUGGCAGAGGUGGCAUUUCUGAUGGGCAGCCCCAUCCUGGCCUCAGCGAAGCCCUUCCCCGUGCCACCUCCGCCACCCAUCGGAUCAGCAGCUGCUGCUGGGAUGGAGGCAGCCUGGACUUCCAGCCGGGCUCCCCCUCACCCCAUCCCCUGGGCCACUACCCAGGCCCCCCGGAUGGCCGGGGGCCCUGGGAGCACCCCCUAAUUCAGGAGGCUGGGGAGGACCUCCCAUCUGAGCAGAGGUUCGAGGACUCCGUCAUCGUGAGAACUGUGAAGCCCCAUGCUGAGCUGGAGGGCUCCAGAAGGUUCUUGUACCACCACCAGGGGGAAUCGAAGGUAUUUGAGAAGAUCCCCCGGGGCCGCCCCAGGUUUGACUGGCUGCAAGAUGCAGACGAGGCGGUCCCGCUCCAGGAUGUGGAGCUGGACAUAGACUUGCCUCCCCAGCCGCCACCCCUCACCUCCUUCAGGACAGUGCUCGUGCCUGUAGACGAUACCACGAAGACAUUGGAUGGGCCAGUGGUGGGCACCAGAGAGCACCUGGCAGACCUCGAGGGCCUGACCCAGCCAUCUGAGUGGAGCCUGCCCCGGUCCGCCUCAGAGGUGGCCACGCAGACCUGGAUGGUGAACUCAGAGGCAUCUGUGGAGCGGCUGCAACCGCUGCUGUCCUCCGUCCGGACGAGGCCCUACUUGUGCGAGAUCCUGGAGGAGGUACCCGAGGGGGCAGUCAGCCCCGACGAGGAUGAAGACGAGGAGCCAGCCGUGUUCCCGUGCAUCGAGUGCAGCAUCUACUUCAAGCAGAAGGAGCACCUCCUGGAGCACAUGAGUCAGCACCGCCGGGCCCCGGGCCAGGAGCCACCGGCUGAGCUGGCCCCGCUGGCCUGUGGCGAGUGUGGCUGGGCCUUCGCUGACCCCAGCGCCCUCGAGCGGCACCGCCAGCUGCACCAGGCCUCCCGGGAGAAGAUCAUCGAGGAGAUCCAGAAGCUAAAGCAGGUCCCAGGUGACGCGGGCCGGGAGGCACGGCUGCAGUGCCCAAGAUGCGUCUUUGGCACCAACUCCUCCAAGGCCUUUGUGCAGCACGCCAAGCUGCACAUGCAGGAGCCGCGGGGCCCAGCGGCCCAGGAGCACUUCGGGGGCGGCAGCGGGGCAGGCAGCCCAGGCCCCGACGCCACCUCCCUCGCCUACCAGCCCUACGGAGACCCCUCGGGCCUCAGCGCCUGUGUUUUCUGUGGCUUCCCCGCACCCAGCGAGAGCCUGCUGAGGGAGCAUGUGAGGCUGAUGCACGCGCAUCCCCACUGGGAGGAGGAGGAGGAGGAUGCUGAGGCUUUUGAGGAGGAGGGCCCUGCCAGCCGGCCCGGCACCAGCCAGGAUGCCUACACCCAAUUCUCUGAGGCUGCCGACUACUUUGGCAAAGCUGAGCCGCUCUUGGCCCCCACGUGGCGGGAGAAUCCUGCUGGAUACGACCCCAGCCUGGCCUUUGGCCCAGGCUGCCAGCAGCUGGGCAUGAGGGAUUUCCCACUGUCAAAGCCACUCCCACACUGCUCAAGCCAGAGGCUCCUGGGAAGGCCAGCCUUCCCCUCACCACUAGCAUCCACCGCAUACUCCUUACAGGCCAGCAGAAGCAAGAGUACUGUCCAGCCUCAGGGGCUCCCAGCCCACCUGGAGGACCAGAGGCACCCAUGGAGCGAAGAGGAAGAUGAGGAGGAGGAGGAGGAAUUACUGCUGGCCUCGGAGAUGGACUUUCCUCCCGAAAGCAGGGUCUUUGCGCCGCCAGCCAGCCCCGGCCUCAUCCCACAGCCAGCCCUGGAGCUGAAGCGGACAUUCCGAGAAGCGCUGCAGACGGCGGGGGCCUCGCGGGCACAGCAGCAGCAGCUCUGCGGGAUGGUGCCUGUAGUGCUGGUGGCGAAGCUCGGGCCACGAGUCAUGGCUGCGGCGGCCAGGGCCCCCCCAAGGCUGCAGCCUGGGGAACUGGGGCUGGGGGGCACCCACCCCCUGGACUUCCUGCUCCUGGACACGCCACUGGGCGGCCCUCUGGGGCUGGACCCAUUCCUGGAUGGGGACCCAGGCGUGGCACUGAAGCCUGAGGAGCGGAAAUGCCCUUACUGCCCCGACCGCUUCCACAAUGGCAUCGGCUUGGCCAACCACGUGCGGGGCCACCUGAACCGUGUGGGCGUCAGCUACAACGUGCGGCAUUUCAUCUCCGCUGAGGAGGUGAAGGCCAUCGAGCGCAGGUUCUCCUUCCAAAAGAAGAAGAAAAAAGUGGCUAACUUCGACCCGGGCACCUUCAGCCUGAUGCGCUGUGACUUCUGCGGGGCCGGCUUUGACACUCGGGCCGGCCUCUCCAGCCACGCCCGGGCCCACCUGCGUGACUUUGGCAUCACCAACUGGGAGCUCACCGUCUCGCCCAUCAACAUCCUGCAAGAGCUGCUGGCCACCUCGGCUGCUGAGCGGCCCCCCAGCCCCCUGUGCCGUGAAGCCGGGGUGCCGCCUAGUGGCUUCCUGACCUCCCGCCGGCCCCGCUUACCUCUUACAGUGCCCUUCCCACCCACCUGGGCUGAGGACCCUGGGCCAGCCUACGGAGAUGCCCAGAGCCUGACCACCUGCGAGGUCUGCGGUGCCUGCUUUGAGACACGCAAGGGCCUGUCCAGCCACGCACGCUCCCACCUGCGGCAGCUGGGGGUGGCCGAGUCGGAGAGCAGUGGUGCCCCCAUUGACCUCCUCUACGAGCUCGUGAAGCAGAAGGGCCUGCCUGACACACCCCUUGGGCUGCCCCCAAGCCUGACGAAGAAGUCCAACUCGCCGAAGGAGAUAGUCGCUGGAGCCCCACGACCUGGCCUGCUCGCCCUGGCCAAGCCCCUCGAUGUUCCUGCUGUCAACAAGGCCAUCAAGUCGCCUCCCGGCUUCUCAGCUAAGGGCCUGGCCCACCCGCCCAACUCCCCUCUCCUCAAGAAGGCAUCGCUGGCCCUGGCGGGCUCCCCUACCCAUAAGAAUCCUGAGGAGAAGAGCCCCCAGCUGUCCCUGAGCCCCCGGCCAGCCUCUCCAAAGGCCCAGUGGCCCCAGUCUGAGGACGAGGGGCCCCUGAACCUCACCUCGGGCCCGGAGCCGGCACGCGACAUCCGCUGUGAGUUCUGUGGAGAGUUCUUCGAGAACCGCAAGGGCCUGUCGAGCCAUGCCCGCUCGCACCUGCGUCAGAUGGGCGUAACCGAGUGGUACGUCAACGGUUCACCCAUCGACACGCUGCGGGAGAUCCUCAAGAGACGGACCCAGUCCCGGCCUGGCGGACCCCCCAACCCAUCAGGGCCUAGCUCCAAAGCUCUGGCCAAGGUGGUGAGCAGCGGAGGUCCUGGCAGCUCGCUGGAAGCCCGCAGCCCCGCGGACCUUCACCUCUCACCCCUGGCCAAGAAGUUGCCGCCAGCACCAGGCAGCCCCCUGGGCCACUCACCAACUGCCUCUCCUCCCACGGCCCGGAAGAUGUUCCCAGGCCUCUCCUCACCCUCCCUGCCCAAGAAGCUGAAGCCUGAACAAAUGAGGGUGGAGAUCAAGCGGGAGAUGCUGCCGGGGGCCCUUCAUGGGGAACCGCACCCAUCCGAGGGUCCCUGGGUGGCACCUCGGGAAGACAUGACCCCCUUGAACCUGUCAUCCCGGGCAGAGCCGGUGCGUGACAUCCGCUGCGAGUUCUGCGGCGAGUUCUUCGAGAACCGAAAGGGCCUGUCAAGCCACGCACGCUCACACCUGCGGCAGAUGGGCGUGACCGAGUGGUCCGUCAACGGCUCACCCAUCGACACUCUGCGGGAGAUCCUCAAGAAGAAAUCCAAGCCAUGCCUCAUCAAGAAGGAGCCGCCGGCUGGAGACCUCGCCCCUGCCUUGACCGAGGACGGGCCCCCCACAGUGGCCCCUGGGCCCAUGCAGGGCCCCUUGCCCCUGGCGCCGAUGGCUGGCCGGCCAGGCAAACCCGGAGCUGGGCCAGCCCAAAUACCCCGUGAGCUCAGCCUGGCUCCCAUCACUGGCACCAAGCAUUCGGCCCCUGGCUACCUGGGUUCCGUGGCAGGCAAGCGGCCCCUGCAGGAGGACCGCCUCCUCCCCGCAGAGGUCAAGGCCAAGACCUACAUCCAGACUGAACUGCCAUUCAAGGCAAAGGCCCUCCACGAGAAGACCUCCCACUCCUCCACUGAGGCCUGCUGCGAGCUGUGUGGCCUUUACUUCGAAAACCGCAAGGCUCUGGCCAGCCAUGCCCGGGCACACCUGCGACAGUUCGGCGUGACCGAGUGGUGCGUGAAUGGCUCCCCCAUCGAGACGCUGAGCGAGUGGAUCAAGCACCGGCCCCAGAAGGCGGGUGCCUACCGCAGCUACAUCCAGAGCGGCCGGCCCUUCACCAAGAAGUUUCGCAGCGCCGGCCAUGGCCGCGACGGUGACAAGCGGCCGCCCCUGGGGCUGGCUCCUGGGGGCCUGGCUGCGGUGGGCCGCAGUGCUGGGGGUGAACCGGGGCCCGAGGCUGGCCGGGCCGCCGACAGUGGUGAGCGGCCUCUGGCGGCCAGCCCACCAGGCGCUGUGAAGGCGGAGGAGCACCAGCGGCAGAACAUCAACAAAUUUGAGCGCCGACAAGCCCGUCCUCCAGAUGCCUCUGUGGCCCGGGGCAGUGAGGAGGCCAGUGACCUGCACCAGAAGCUGGAGGAGGUGCGGCAACCUCCGCCCCGGGUCCGGCCAGUCCCCGCCCUGGUGCCCCGGCCCCCCCAGACGUCACUCGUCAAGUUUGUGGGCAAUAUCUACACUCUCAAGUGCAGGUUCUGUGAGGUGGAAUUCCAGGGGCCCCUCUCCAUCCAGGAGGAGUGGGUGCGGCACUUACAGCGGCACAUCCUAGAGAUGAAUUUCUCCAAAGCGGACCCCCCGCCGGAGGAGCCUCAGGCCCCACAGGCACAGACAGCGGCGGCAGAGGCACCCUGACACAAGCAUUCCAGACCCCCUCUCACGCCGCCUUUCUCUCCUUUUUCUCCUCUCUCUCCGCCCUCUUUCUUUUCUGUUUCCAAAGGAGCAAGCCAAAACCUCAAACCGGCACCUUUCACGGGCCGGGCACACUACAGCCGGGGCACCGGAAGCCAGCUAGCCACCCUUCCCCUAGCCCGAGGACUCUGGGGCCACACACAGGGCAUCUUCCUCCAGCCCACACCCACCCGCCCAUUUGGUUCAGCAGCGGCAGCGGCCAGGUGUCUGGCGGGAGCCAGUCUGUUCACAAGGGAGGAAGACCAGCGUUCUCCCACGUCCAGCAGCCAGGCGGGCUAUUUUUGCCAUCUGUGGCCACUUGCAAAGACCCCAAGGACCCCUGUCCUGGUUCCCUCUUGCCCCUGCCCCUGUGAAUAUCCUCUCACACACGCACGCACGCACUCACGGACCUCGUGAGACCCGGGAAUCGGCCCCAGCCCUCCAGUUCCCGAGUCGAACGACUACCACGUCACGCCACGGUGCUUGCUCAGGAGAAGGCACGCUCCCUCUGUGGCCCUCUGCCGGGGCCUGGGAGCCCCCCACCUGAGCCCACAAUGCCACGGAAAUCCUUGUUGGCCGCCUCCCCCUCAUCCCUUGCAAGAGGGGCCUUCCCAGCCAGGAAGAGCUCAGAGCUGACAGCUGCCUCCUGCCGUGUCAAGGCCCCCCCCCUCCAGAGUCUCGGGGGCUCUGGGGCCUGGGAGGGGGUGGGGGUGGGACUCUCCUUCCCCACCCUCACCCCCCUCCCUCUUUUCACUGUUGCUUUCUAUGUAUAGCUCCCUAGACCUUUCACUUUUUUAAAAACGCGUUUUGUGUAGAGAAUAAGGAACGUGGAUCUUUUUAUUUUGCAAUCCUGGGCCAGCUAGAAACUGGGAGCCGAUUGCCCUUUUAACUUUUUUCAGUGGCCACAUUUUGGUUAUCGAUGUACCUAGAAGUAUGUAAAUUAGAUUAAAUUUCUCUUCUGGAAACACCCCGGGGCAGGCAGCCAGCGUUGUGUUUUUCUGUCGAGUGGACAGGCUGGCAUUGUCUGUCUGGCAGCCAGGGCUGGGAUCAAGCCACCUCCGCCAAAAGCCCCUGGAAGCCCUGGGUUUUCCUGUUGGCCGCCAAGCCCACCAGACCUAUCUGGGGAUGAGCCCAAGUUCCCAGCUGUUGGCCCUUCAUGGCAUGGCUGGUGGUUGGGGGAGGGGGUGGCGGGUGGGACUCUGGCCAGCUGGUGCGGCAGCUCCUGUGAGCCAAGGAGAGGAACCAGAGCUCUGGGCAGCUGGUCUGGGAAGGGAGCCAGGAUUGAGCUGUGACUGAGGCCUGAAGGGCUCUCCGAGGGCAGGAGCUGUCCAUUGAGGGUGUGGGGAACUUCACUUGGGUGGGGGUGGGGGGAAGGUGAAGCGCACAGCUGCUGGGACCGCCCUGCCUUCAAGACAUGUGACCUGUGUGGGAGAUACACACGCACCCUGAACCCAACUAACACAAGGGGGAAAAAGAGCUGCUGGCUCCUUUUUGUUGUUAUUUAUUUUCUCAUUCUGCGAAUGUUUAUUGAACGUUUCUGAGAUUUUAAGAGA